UAUGGAGGUGAGGCAUUUGCUCGUGAAUACUGAUUUGGAUAAUCAAGAACUGUUUGGAUUUGUGUUGCUUCUUAGCAGUUGUGUUUAUUUGGAGAAACUCACGUUGGACAUAGGCCAAGGAAAAAUCUAUGAUGAACAUGUUAAGCCCUAUCCUUUCGACUUUGCGAAAUUCUGUUGUGACCAAUACGCAAUUUUUGAAUGCGUAAAAGACAAUCUAAAGGUGGUGGAGAUAAAUGGAUCCCGAGCGAGCAAGAAUGAAUUGCGUUUGUGCUUCUAUCUGAUCCAAGUUGGCUGUGUCUUGGAGAAACUUAUUAUCAAUCUAGCGAAGGAAGAGGGUAAUGAAAUGUUGGAAAUAGAGCGCCAUGAACGUGCAAGCUUGUUAUUCGAUGUUCCAAAGGCUUCAAAGAAUUUACAGAUAUGGAUUGUAUGAGAAUAUAAUUCAUUUGCCAGCAAUUCCUUUUUUGUUGUAUCGUUUGAAUGAUAUGGAGAGAGACAUAUAUAUGUAUUAUUCAUGCAACUAAGACUUCUGUUUUAA